AUGUGGCGUGGUGGAGGAGGGACGCGGGCGGCCCGCCACCAAGGUGUCCAAGAUCGCGGGCAUGUUCCAGGGCGGCGUGUGUGGGGCGGGCGAGGAGGGGGCGGCGCGGGGGACAGCGGUCCCGCGGCCGCCACGGUGGUGCGCACCGAGUCCCACCUGGCGCGCUUCAACACCGCCCGCGCCCUCUUCGAGAAGAUGGGCCAGGGCGAGACGCGCCCCCUGGCUCCCCGCGCCCCCGCCGCCGCCCCCGCCGCGGUGAAGGCGCCCCCCUCCAAGGCUGACUCGGAGGUGCCCAGGCCCGCGGGGGACUCCCUCUCUCCCGCCUCCUCCCGCUCCACCUCGCCCAGUCCCGCCCGCCCCGCCGCCAACGGCCACGCCCACCACGAGGAGGGCUCCCGCGCGGGCCUGGCCGGGCUGGGUGGGCUGCGGCGCCCUGGCUCCGCCUCCAGCCGCUCCCUGUCCGCCUCCAGCACGGACAGCGACCCUCCGCAGCGCCGCUGGCCUCCCGCCCGCGCCUCAGAGCCGCCCGCAGACCAGCCAGACCCCGCCCGCCGCUGGCCACCACCCGCCCGCGGCACGGAGCCGCCGCGCACCAACGGGGAAGGCGUGCGGCGGACGUCGCGGCCCGAGAAGCCCGCCAAGCCGGAGAGCCUGGAGAAGCGCGCGGCGGCAGGCGGCCACGACGCCCAUCAGGAGCUGCUGGCGCGGCACAAGAACUGGUUCCAGUCAUUCGCCAAGAACCGCUCCAGCACCGCGGCGCCCGGCAGGCCCCUUUCCCCCUGCAAGGGCGACGGGCGCCCCGCCUCCCCAACCAAGAGUGACGGGGGCGGCGCGCCGCUGUCCCCAGCCAAGGACGAUCCGCGCGGCGACGACUGGCGCGCCGCCCUCUCCUCCAGGGCGGACCUCAGGUCCCCGCGCGGCGGCCAGGAGGGCGAGCGGGUCACCACGCCCCGGGGGAGGGACGAGGCCCCGGAUGGCACCACCACCACCACCACCACCACUACCACCUCCACCUCCACCUCCACCUCCUCCAUCAUCACCACCACCAUCACAUCCUCCGCCACCAACAACAACAUCAUCACCCCCAUCGCCAUCAACAACAACAACAACAACAGUACCUGCCUCACCACCACCACCACCGCCACCACCACCACCAUCACCACCACCACCAGCAGUAGUCUCAGCAGCAGUAGCCUCACCAGCAGCAGCAGCAGCAGCAGCAGCAGCAGCACCAGUAGCGGCAACAGCAGCAGCAGGGCAGCGGCGGGCGGCAGCAGCGGCGCCAACGAGCAGGAGGCGUGGACCAGCGUGCUGCAGACCCGCUACGGCACCCGCGCCCGCCCCGACCUCUACUCCCCCAGGACCCGCGGUGAAGGUGACGGAGGCGGCGUGGGAGGAGGAGGAGGCGGCGGCGGCGGCGGCGGCGACUGGAGGAAGGAGAGAGCGGCUAUCCUUCUGGGUCGCUCGGGGAACCGCCACAGUGAGGAGGAGAUCGUUACCAAGGGCUUCACCAGGACCCACUACCCUGAUGCACCCUUGGGUCCCCGCUUCGAGGACGCCUCCACCUUGCAAUCCCACUGGGCGCCCCCGUCGAGGUAUGGCGUCGCUGAGGGCCCUUCGGCGGAUCAGGGGAGCCACGUGGCCGCCCCUGAGAAGUCCCUGAAGGAGGUAAACAAUGUGGAGAGAUUCCGCAUAACGAAAGAAAACGGGAAAUGUGAGGCGCAGGAGGAGGCGAAGAAGGACGAGGCGGAUUUGAUUGUGAGUGAAAGUGUCGUUUUAAAGGAUGCCGCGAAGGAGAAAGAUGCCCCGCCGAGUCCUGCAGCCCCCGCGGAACCCCUGGCGAAGGAGGCGCGGGUGGAGGAAAGCGUGGAGAGGGCGCGGCGAGUGAGUGACACAGAGAGAGAGAGAGAGAGAGAGAGAGAGAGAGAGAGAGAGAGAGAGAGAGAGAGAGAGAGAGAGAGAUAAUGGCGUGUUCUUCGU